AUGGACAAAGGAGUAUUCUCUGAUCUUCUCCAUGUUCCGAUGGAUGUGAUCCUGAGCGACAAGGAAAAGAAAGAGUUGGAACUUCGAAAGUUCGAGAGAGUGAAGAUUGAAGCGGAUCAACUUCGGGAGAGAGAGAAGAUUCGUGCGGAUCGAUCUCGGGAGAGACAGAAUAAGAUAAGUGAGGAUGAUCUUCUUGAUGUUCCGAUGGAUAUGAUCCUGAGCAACAAGGAAAAGAAAGAGUUAGAACUUCGAAAGUUAGAGAGAGAAAAGAUUGAAGCGGAGCAACUUCUGGAGAGAGAGAAGAUUCGUGCGAAGCGGUCUCGGGAGAGACAGAAGAAGAUAAGUGAUGAGAGAUCUCGGAACCCGAAGAUGCUGCACUGA